AUGCUAUUCUCUGUUUGCUGUUGCUGCAGGGACAGGAUGGCCCACAGGGAGAGAGCUCUGCCCUGGCUGCUGCUGCUGGCACUGGCCUUGCUGGGCAGCAGCAUGGCGGAGCGGGACUGCCGAAUAAGCAGCUUCAAAGUCAAGGAGAACUUCGACAAGACCAGGUACAGUGGCACCUGGUAUGCCAUGGCAAAAAAAGAUCCUGAGGGACUGUUUCUGCAGGACAACGUGGUAGCCCAAUUCACUGUAGAUGAGAAUGGACAAAUGAGUGCCACUGCAAAGGGCAGAGUCAGACUCUUCAAUAACUGGGAUGUCUGUGCUGACAUGAUUGGCUCUUUCACUGACACAGAGGAUCCUGCCAAGUUCAAGAUGAAGUACUGGGGUGUUGCCUCUUUUCUGCAGAAAGGAAAUGAUGAUCACUGGGUGGUGGACACAGAUUAUGAUACGUAUGCUCUUCAUUACUCCUGCCGCCAACUAAAUGAAGACGGCACUUGUGCUGAUAGCUAUUCCUUUGUGUUCUCCCGGGACCCCAAGGGAUUGCCUCCAGAGGCACAGAAAAUUGUCAGACAAAGGCAGAUAGAUAUCUGCUUGGACAGAAAAUACAGAGUUAUCCCUCAUAAUGGAUUUUGCUCUUAAGGAGAUCCAAAACUAUGGAAAGAAACCAUCUAACAGCACCAUGGAUGUAAAGUUAACACAUUGAUCGGGUGUUCUCUUGAAAACCUUUUAAAUGGCUUCAUUUAGAUUUUGAGUAUAUUUAUCUGAGCUGUAUAGCUCACCUUGUCAAUAAACUAAUGAAACAUUUUAAUA